AUGGACGUGCAAUCGCUGUCGCCUGCCUUGGACCACUUGUCGUCAAGUGGCAUUGUGCUGAGCACGGAGCGCCGUGUCUCGCUGGACACGUCGCUGACACUGCUGAUGCAUGCGGAGAAGCUGAAGCAGGUCAAGUACUGGGGUCGCAUCCAGGGCGUCGCAGCAGACUAUCACAUCGCACAGGGCUCAAACGACGAUGGCUACGCCACCAAGAGCUUCUACAGUAUGGACUGCAUCCGCUGGGCGCAGCUGCCGGAGAUUCAUCCUGUCCUGGCAAAGUCCUGCGCCAAGAUCCGCGGGCGCUUCACAGGCAACCCCUCUCACGAGUUCACAGUUGAGGCGAUUCGGUCUGAGGAGACCAAGGGCGAUGGGUCCAUUGUUGUGACCACCACCAUUACAGAGGAGAAGCGGUUGGCCGCGGCCGUCGCAGCCAUCGACAAAGAGACCCGCAUUGUCCCGCGUGGCGCCUACAGAAUGACCCCCUCGGACGUGGUUGAGAGGAAUCACGGCUUUGGCGGGCUCUCCCACCAGGCUGCGGGCAAGAUUGAGAGCUACAUGCACUUCCGCCAACCCAUCACUCUCCUCAGCAAGUCGCCACUCGAGCGGGCGCGCAUGGACCAAGGCCUCGACUUUAUGGACUCCAUCUCAGAUGACAUUCCAAAGAACUGCUGGAGCAUCCAGUACCAGAACGGGUCAAAGGCGGUCGUUCUGCGAUCGCUCAUCUGGCCCGGCUUUGUCUUCUUCCACACCCCAAACUCCCCGCUGUUUGGCCACGCGUAUGUCGGCACAGGCCAGCGCAACAACGACCUCAUCUUCGAGCUGCCCUGA